AAAUGUCAAAGUAAUCACUAUCACUGUCAAAGUGGCACGUCCUGUCAAAUCAUCCCAAAACAAAACAAAAUAAACUAUGGAUGCCUCUGAAGAUAAAAAGGCAAAAUUAGCAAAUUCUCGAAAAAGGUUUAAGGAACUACAGGAAUUAAAGAAAAAACGGGAUGAAAGCAAGGGAGAACCUCAAAGUGUCCAGGAGGAUCCAAAUAGUGCACAAUCAACCAGUAGAAACACCCCAGUAUCAGAAACAGCUGUGCCAGUCUAUGAACCCCUUAAAACCCAUAUUAUAGAACAGUCUGAUGAACUACAAGCGGCAGAAACGUCCGAGAGUGUUGCUAGAAGUGCCAUAGAAGAGCCUGCAACUCCUGUCAUCCAGGAACAACACAAUGCCAGUUUAGAAAACUAUUUCGGUGCAGCUGCCGCUCCAAGUCCUGCAGAAUUUUUCGAUAACAUUUCACCAUCACAAGAGACUUUAUAUUUUAACACUGACCGCGAUGAUCCCACACAGAGCGACUCUGAAAAUAUCGGUUUACCAAGAUACUUUGAUAACAUUAACAGCAGUGAUGCCAUUUGGGAGAAUACUAGCUCCACUGCUGGAGUAAAUGACUAUAAACUGUUUCCAAAUCCCAAUGACAAUAAAUUAAAUAUGGGCAUUCCAAUAGAAAGCGAUUCAGUUAGUUUGGAUUAUCCAGAGAUUCAGCAACAUGAUAUGGGGGAAUUUGCUCGGAAGAAUGUUGGGGGAUCGAUUGGGAAUUCUGGGAUGGAACAUAAUGGGCAGCACAUGUUGGCAAGUGUGUUUUCUGCAAGCGAUAAUCAAAAGCUGAUGGAUUAUUUGGGUACUACAGGGGCAUCGGAAAGAGAAAAAAACGAAAUUCGCCAUAUAAACAAUGAAAUAGACAACUCAACAGAUCUGACACAAAGGGAAAUCCAGCACUCACAUAAUGUAGAAAGCUUAAGACAACUCUCUGAUCAUCUGACACAAAUGAUAGAACCAAACUAUGAUUAUUCUUCGUCAGGUUCCAUUACAGAUCUGGAAAAGAGAAAUAUUGAGUUGGCUGCUGCUUUGGAAAGGGAAAAAAUCAAUUCUGAACAGCUUAGACAAAUGAACAAUCAAUUACAAGCAAAAAUAGCUAAUUUAGAAACCGAGUAUACCAAGCAAGAAAUCUCUAAUGAGUUUGAAACCCAACAAGAGAUAGUUAGGCUAAGAAGUGAACUGCAGACCCAUUUACAGACUAUAGGGCUUCUUGUUGCCGAAAAAACUGAACUGGCAUCUAACUUAAGUCAGUAUGAGUUAAAUUUCAAACAAAAAAUAAUGGAAUCUGAAGAAUUACAGGCUAGAUUAAAGGCGUCGAGGAGCAGAGUGGCAGAUUUGGAGAGGGAAGUUAACAAUUUAAAAACUGGUAAGGCUAAAAUGGAGACCUUGGAAGGGGAGUAUGGGUCUGCUCUACAAAAUCUGAGGCAGGAGUAUCAGGUUUUAAAAGAGCAAAGGGAUGAACUUGCCCAAGAUCUAAUAGAGGUGAGGGAGAAGUUGAAGAAUACUAUGGAGGAAAAUGUGCAACUGCAACAACAAUUGAAGGAAAUCACAGGGAAAUUCUCCUUAGCUGAAGUAAAAAUACAACAAUUGUCCAGUGGUGGGGUGGGAACUGUUGACAGCCAAGUUGAGCAAUUAACCCAACAGAAAUUUGCUCUUGAAGGUGACAUUGCCAACUUAAAUCAGAUGCUGAAGUCCGUUAUCAAGGAAAGAGAUGAGUCUACUAUUCAGUUUCAACAGUAUGCCCAACAGUUAAAUGCACAAAUAAGCAAUUUAUCUUCCAAACAAGAGGAGCUGCAGCAAGAAAACGAAAAUUUACGCGUACAAGAACAGAACAGAAUCAAACAUAUUGGGGAUCUAGAGAGACAACUUCAAAGCCUACAAACUGACCAAGUGAAUUACAUUAGCAGAGGAGUCAGUAACGUAGAUCUUAAGAAUGAGGUGGAGAGCUUUAGGGAGAAGUGUGAACAAUUACAAGCUCAAAAAACUCAAGCGGAAGAAAACUAUACCAAGGUUUCCAAUGAGAAGGAUUUGCUGUUAAAGGAGCUAGAAGCCAAAACCGACUCCAUAUCUCAACUGGAAAGCAUGAUAGAGCAACUUAAAGGCAACCAGCCGGACAGUGUUAAGCUCCUUGCAACCAUGGAAAGUGAUAAAGUAGCUGCCUCAAUGGCAAUCCAACAAAACAGGGAGUUAAAACAACAAUUGGAGGGCAUGCAGGAGGUCGUUAUGAAAAUGGACAAUGACAAAGUAGUGUUAACAGAAAACCUUAAGGCACAGCAACAAACCAACAAAGACCUGAUGGAGAAACUCCAAAAAACCGAACUGACCUUACAAUCGCUCGCGGACGCAAUAGAAAUCAAAGACAAGGAGUUGAUUCACUUGAGAGACAAUUCUGAAGAGCUAAAUAGGAGGGUGGUGGAGCAGGAACUGAUGGAGGAUAGAUUGAGGCACUAUGAGGCCCCUGGUAACUCUUCGGAGUAUUUACAGAGGGAGCUUUUUAACGCCAAGGAGACCAUUGACAAGCUCAGAAAUGAAUUAGAUCAACUGAAAAAGACUGCGGAGGAGAAGAAUGAUUUUACAAAGCAAAAUGGAAAUUUGGAAGAAACUAUUAGUAAAGAAGGUGAUGAUGCCACUGUAAAAACGGAAGAAGCAAUUAAGGAGAACGUAAUGCAUAAUGAAAAACAACAAAACGUAGACGCAGGUGCAGACAAGAACAUGCUAAAUCAAGAAAACGUGAUGAAAUGCCUGGAAGAGAAAGUAAAAAGGACCAUGCAAGAGAUCGCGGAUCUAACUGACGAAAAACAACGUUUAGAGCAUAUAGUUUUACAAUUACAAGGCGAGACGGAAACCAUCGGGGAAUACGUGGCACUAUAUCAACACCAGCGGAUGGUUUUAAAGCAAAAAGCCUUAGAAAAGGAUCAGCAAUUAAAACAGCUGGCCAACGACCGAGAGCAAAUUAAAAUAAAACUGGACAGAUUGAACGCGCUUAUAAAACGACUUGUGACAGAGAAAGGUACGGUGCCACCGGAACUUUUGGAACACCACGCCGGUCUAAGUAACGACAAUUUAUGUGCGGAACAUACGAAAAUGAGCGAGGAUCUUAGCAAAAUGGCACAGAGCAACGUGAUAGAACCGGACGAUCCGGGUAAAGGGGAUAAAGUGGCCGAGGAAAUUAUCACUUUAUUAUCGGAAAUUAAAAGUAGCAAUUUGGUGCAGCCAGAUGAGAACUACCAUCAUUGCCGAUGGUGUUCCGGACAACUUAUGACGGUUUAAAACUCAUUGUGAUAAAAUGUAUUUGAAGUAAUACUACGUAGGUACACUAGAAGUAAAAAAAAAUCUAUGUAUACUAAGAAGGUUAGAAAUGACAAGGUUGGUCUAGGAGGGAGGAAGAUUAUAUUAAGAAUUAAAGUGAAUAAAUGUUUAAAAAAAAAAUGCUAAUUUGUUGAAAUAAAUUUUACAUAUUUGCAAA